GCCGCCUCCCGCCAGGCCUGUCCGGAUUAAACCUCCUGGGGGGUGCGAGUGUGUGUGUCUUGUUUUCUCUAUUCCCCCCGAAAGUCUUCCGAAACAUCUCUUUAUUUAGAGUUAUUCAGUGGUUUGGAGACAACAUAUCCCUCUGUGUUAUUGCAGGCUGAUUUUCUGGGUGGAGGCAGUUUGGUUUUUGAGGAAAGAAAUCCCAGGUAGAUUCUCUCUGUAAUAAUGAGACUAGGACUCACCUGUGUUUUCACCUGCUUUUAACAACUCAUUACUGAAUCUUAUCAAUGGCAUUAUUAUGCCUGUUUUUAUCAGACUAAAAAGUUUUCAACAGUUCUCUUGAUGAAACUGCCCUGUUAAUUGUUUGUGAUGUGCUGGCUUCAUCCUGAUUAAUCAUUUCCUUCAUUCUUUUGGCCUUGUUUCAGAAUAGAGUUUAUACUUAGAGGCAUCGUAAAGGUCUUGUCCAUUGUGUCACCUGCUAAUUGGAGGUUUCAUUGAGCGUUAGUAACGUGGUUGCCUAAAUUAACCCAAGAGCAUUCAGAAGCUGCAGUAGGUGCUUAUGCUGGAGAGGGCUCUUGGUAGCACUUCUGCAAACUUGGGGGCUCGUGAUUUGUCUGUCUGGAAGAGUAGACAUGAGGAAUCAAGAAUUUAGCCUUAACACAGGGCUCGUGGUGAAACUUGAACUGUGUGUGUGCUUGGGGAUGUGUGUGCAAUUUAAACUAGAAUUCCCCAAAGUUUAGAGAGAAUUCAAACACAAGUUCUUUGUUUUGCACUAGCUGCAGGUAACUUGCCUACCAGAAUUAAUCUUUGGAUUGCUUUGGAAUAGCGUUUGUGCUGUUGAAUUAUAAAAUAGCUUAACUGUAUAUAUCAAAAUGUCUAAAUCUUGCCCUGUUAGUAUUAGCUAAAAGAUUAUUCCUGCAGUAGGAAAAAAUUCUGUUUGUGUUUAUUUUCUCUGGUUAUUCUAUUUGUAACAUCAUUAUUGGGAACAUCAGUAAUGUGAAAAUAGUAUCCCUUUCCAAUGAAGGUGUCAUUCACACCUAAAAAUAGUUCUGCUUGCUCAUUUUGCUGUCACAAACCUAUGCAUUUUCACUACAUCACCCAUCUGGUGCCAUGCUUAUUCCAUCAAGAAGAGAUUCAAAUGUCAACCUGACAGAAGACCAAUACAGAAAAUUCCUGGAUGCUGUUUGUGGAGCUUGUACGUCAAGGAGAGGCACUGAAGCGCACAGAGCAGAUGGUAGAUAAAAUGGACCAGGACUUGAAGACUAGUCAAAGGCACAUAAAUAGCAUUAAGAGUGUUUGGGGGGGCUUGGUAAACUACUUCAAAGCCAAACCUCCAGAGAGCAAGCCAGAGCAGAAUGGAACCCCUGAAUAUUAUGCUAACAGUAGAUUAAAAGAAGCAAUGAUGUCUAGCAAAGAACAAGAGUCAAAAUACCAAGAAACUCAUCCAAAUUUAAGGAAGCUGGAUAAUUUAGCAGACAGUGAUUUCGACAAAGCAGAUUUAGUUUCUUCAGUGCAAAGGGAUUCCUAUCCAAAGAACCAACACCUGCGAGCUUACCACCAGAAAAUUGAUAACAACUUAGAUGAGAUGUCUUCUGGGUUGAGUCGUCUGAAAAACCUAGCCCUUGGUCUGCAGACAGAAAUAGAUGAGCAAGAUGAUAUGCUUGAUCGGCUAACAAAAAAAGUAGAGACACUGGACGUCAAUAUUAAAAGCACUGAUAAAAAAGUCCGACAACUGUAAAAGCUUUUAGAAAUUUUUUUGUCCAGCGUCAGUUCUUCUUGGAUGUCUUAGCUCAACCAAUCUCUUAAAAAAAUCUUGGACAGUAUCUGUUUCUCUUUUUUCUGAUACAUUAUUGAUUUUUUUGUCAUUAAAAUUGCAUAGUCUUAAGUGCAGCAUAAUACCUUAAAUUUCUUCUUAAUAUACGUGGGAAGAGUGCAUGUUGAGUAAAAUCUCUCAGCACUUGGUAAAUGCUUUUGUGCUGGAUACCCUGCUCAAUUGUAUAACUGUGUCAUGUGCAUGGAGGAAUUUGCAAUCUACAAAGCUUCAGUGUCCUUGGCCUGGGAGCUGUCAUGAGAAAAGUAACUGCAUUUUGCCUCUGUUUUGGGGAGGGGGCAGGGGGAACAGAAUGUGCUUCUUUGUUCAGAACAAAUGUUGCUAAUUCUGUUUACCUACAGCUAUUUUAAAUUCUGAAAAAAUGCCGAUAUCCAGCUGUAAAAAUAAUUCGAAGUGACUGUUCUCUGGCAUUUCUGAGGCUUAAGGAACGAACUGUUCUGUGGAAGUUGUAAAAUAUCAGGGGUGUCAUGCAGUAAUGAUAAUAUUCUGUGUGUGUUCCCUUUCCUAAGAUGAAUUCUGCCAAAUGGUAGAUUCACAAUCUGUAGUUUUUAUGUUUGGGUCACUAAAUGCUAUCACCUUUACAGUAUUUUCAGUAAAGAUCUCUAUGGGUAUCUUACAGUCUGAGAGAAAUGUUGGUUGACACACAUAAGUUUGGAUAACAAAUGAGGACUUAAACAUAUGUGCUCUUAAAGAUUCUUUUGUAGAACUUGUCAGCAUCUGCUUUUUUAUUUUCUGUUCUUCCUCAGCUUAUUCAGUUAGGUGGUUACUGGAAAAAUAGAUUCCAUUUUAGAAAUGGAGAGUUGGUCUGAUACUGCACAAACAGAUCAUAGGAGAUUAUUCUUUAAAAUCUAUUUAAAAUGUGAUUAGGGAUUGAGCAGAUGCUGUGUUUUCCUAGGUAAUGUGACUGUUUUUAAGAAUUACAAUUCUGCUCCAGCCUGAGUACGUGACAAUGAGAACUUGCUGUCUGUCUUGAAAACAAGUUAAGUUAUUUCAGUUUGGAGAGGCCAAGGGACCUGUGUCAGUAUUGCAACACCUGCUAUCACAAAUGAUAAUGAGUGGCUAAGAGGAGAGAGAUUUUCCUGAGCUGGUGCCACAUUAUCUUGUGAAUUAAAGGGCGACCUUGGUGUUCAGGGCUAUCAAGCUUGUAUCCUUCAUGAACAUCACAUGCACACCCUCCCUUUUCCCUUUUUUCAAGGGAUUUGUUGCCUUGAGCUCACUUGCUACAAAGUGCACCCCACUGGUAAGGAGAUAAAAGAAAUGUUGAGCCUUUCUUGUUUUACUGCGUCUUAUGAAAGUUCACCUGAACAAAAAUAAAUAGCUAAAAAAGCUACAGUUCUUGGACAUGGUAUUGUGGAAAAAAAUAUUAUUCCUGGGAUUACUAGCAAAGUAGAGUUGUGAAUUUAUUUUAAGGUGAGCCUCUGUUUCACCUUAUGUUACUGAUGUCAUUGAUUUCAGUCUCUUAAGAAAAUGUGUUUUGCAGGGACAUAAAACUUUGAGCUACUGAGUAUGUUUAAUUUCUUUUUAAUUUUCACUUUGUGUCAUUUAUGCUUACUUGGAACCAUAAAAAACCUUAUUGAUAUCAAUGUAUCAUCUAACUUUUUGGAUGUAUACCAUGAUUAAUUCUCUCUUACUCUGUUAGAGUAUUUAUGAAUGAUUUGAUGUCUCAAGAUGGUUGUUAACAUUUAUUUAGUAAAUGAUACAAUCAUUAGUUUUGAAAAUGUUAAGUACCUCACUGAAAGAGUCAUACCUGUUUCAGUUUCUUGUUUGACUUUCUCCCUUUAAUAAAAAGGGUGAAAAGACUUGUAUUUUUUCCUAUCCCAACGCUGGUUAACAGAAACGCUUACAUCUUAGAAGGGGUGUAUAAAUUCUCUCCAGAACAGAGAAUACCAAAAAUUGCUGGUAAAUAAUAAUACUCAUUUUAUUGUGAAAUCUGCCUUCACCUGAAUGGAACUAUUUCACAACUAAAUUUUUGGUAACUAUGAUGUAUGCUGAGGCUUUCUCCACUAAGUUAUGGCUAAUGGAGGAAAAGAUGUAGCUGGAAGGUCUGAUUGUGUUAUGUGUAAUAAGAAAAGUAAAGCUUGAAUCCAAGCAAAAUUUUUUUGUGGAUUUAAGAGUGAAGUAUGUAGUCUUUCUGAUAGAAGCUAUUCCUUUUUUUUUUUUUUUUUUUUUUUUUUUUAGUAUAAAUUAUUUAAUGAAACAAACCCGGUUUUGGUCAACUGUUUAGUUGUAUUAGCCUUAUGAAACAUUUACGGCAUCUUGGAGAUCUCUGAUGACCUUAAAAACACAAGCAGGGAAGUGGAAUAAAAAAUUAAACUCCUAUUUCUGCUUUAAGAACAUCAUUAUUCAAGCAGCCUAGAAAACCAGGAUCUCAGCCCUGUGGAAGUUAUACAGAGGUCUAACUUCUCAUCUCUUCUAACGAUCCCAUUCACUGUCUCAGUAAUGUAUGUCUUUGCUUAGGCUGUAUUUACUAUUUUUGUUUUGGUUUUAAUGGCCUUGUUUUAAAGGAUUAUUUCCCACAUUGGAUUUCUUUUGUGGGGGAAAAAAGAUUGUGCAUGGGUAUAAAUGAAUUCCUGCUACAAACUGAAUUCCUUUUCUCAGCUUUGUUUCAGAUCUUUAUGCUGAUAAAGAACUUAAGUUUGACAUAAGACAAUGCUAUUUUGUAAUAGUGAUGAUUUUUUUUUCUCAUUUGAAUAACUGCAUCCUGCAGAAAGGGGAAAUUUAAAGGAGAAAAAAAAAGACAUUUGCCUUUCCAGGAAAUGUCAUUUUGUAUGUGUUAUGAAGGACUUAAUUCAGAAGCUUUUCUUACUUUUUCUUGAGAUAGUUUUAAUUCUUGGAUGUUGUUGAAAAUCUUACCUUGUAUAAGAGUAUAGGACUUUCAGAAGAAAUUUAAUUUAUACUAAGCACUAACUUGAUAAGUUAAAUGAUUUUGCCUAAAUAGUCAUGUUGGCAUAGAAACUGGUGUCCUUGCAGCAAAAUAGCUCUGAUUAACUUUAUUCUUACUGGCUUGAGUAGAAGUUUACUACUGAGGACAGAAAAGAUAGCAAAAAACCCAAAUAGUUGUCAUUUCUAUAAGAGAUGAUUUUCUUGUUUCUCAAAGAGUUUGCUAAUAAAUUUUAGAAGAGGUUUUAAACACCAGGAAGUAACAUACCCUUUGUAACAUCAGAUAAAAGAAGACAUCCUCUAAAAACAGCAGGG